GAUCGACUUUCCGAGUUUGAGAAUUCCAUCGCAGAGGAUGCGGACUCGAGCAGCUGGGUCCCCCUCAAUGUUUUGGAUGCACAUGACGCCUACGUAUUGAAAGUUCGAUUCGCACCGGGACCGGCACGCUUGCUGGCCACCUGCGGUAGCGAUGGCACAGCACAGAUAUGGCAGUCGCAUAG